AUGCUCAACUCGGCCCUCUACGAGCGCACGCAAAUCCUGAUUGGAGAUGACGGAAUUCGGUCGCUGCAGAACACGAAUAUCUUCCUCGCUGGCACAGGUGGCGUUGGCGGUCACUGCGCCGAGGCUCUUGUGCGGGCCGGUGUUGGCAGCAUCACCAUUGUCGAUUACGAUGUUGUGACCUCGUCAAACAAGAACAGGCAACUGAUCGCCCUCGAUAGCACGAUCGGCAAGAGCAAGGUGGAGGAGCUUGCGCGGCGCCUGCGGGACAUCAACCGGCACUGCGUCAUCGUCGCCCUUGACGCCUUCAUCACAUCUGAGGACGCCGAGGAAGUGCUCUCACGCCAGCGGUACGACUUCAUGGUGGAUUGCAUUGACAGCGUGACUUGCAAGGUGGCUCUUCUCGCUGCCGCAGUGAAGCUGAAAAUACGCGCCUACUCCUCCUGUGGCGCGGGUGGUCGGAUUGAUCCGUCGCUCGUCUCCAUCGGCGACCUAUUCUCGACGGAGAAUGACGGACUCGCGCGCGCGUGUCGCGCAGCAUUGCGCAAGCACGGCGUUGGGCCCGGUGACGUCACUGUCGUGCAUAGCUCGGAGAAGGGUAUACCGCCACUGAAGCCACAGCGGCAGGAAGCCGGUGGCCGUGAUCGAUCCAUGAACGGGACGAUCAGCCACAUGCCACCUCUCUUUGGACUCAUGCUAGCGUCGGCGGUGCUGCGGUGCGCGGUUAACCCGGCGGCACACGACGCCGAGGUGGAGCAACGACGGAAGCGUGAGCGUAAGGAGCAGAAACGGGCGCUCAAGAAGCGCCGCAAAGAGACGCCGCCCACGACGUAG